AUGGAUGUUAGUCAAGUCGAACCACGUGAUUACCCUCCAAGACUUUACCCUUCUAACCUAGAAGGUAAAGAUAUCAAUCAUAAUUUCCGUGCAGGACAUUUCCCCCACAUUAAAGAAACAAUAGGACUCGAUGUGUGGGAAGAACUGGUGAACUCUCCCAUUGGAGUAGUUGCUAGGCUACUUUCACGCGAAAGCAUUUGGUCUGGUAGGACCGUACACUAUCUGCUAUGUAGACAGCUGCGAGUGCAUAAAAAGGAGAUAUGGUCUGUUGUGGCUGAUGAUGUUAUCAGGUUUAGCUUGCUCGAGUUUGGUGAGAUCACUGGGUUAAACACAGGUCCAUUGCCAACAGAAAGUUUUGAACCUGAUCAAUACAAAGAGUUUUGGGAGGAGUUGAAGGUGCCGCUUGGGAUGGGACCCAAGUAUGAUGAGCUGAAGGCAGCAUUAGAGUUCUGUCCUGCCAUGGGACUGUACUGUUUGCAUCACAAUUCAAGGAUACCCUUUCAAAGUGCAAUAAGGGUAUUCGACGAUGAAGCCAUGAGGUCGUAUCCAUGGGGUCGGACUGCAUUCGAAGUUCUUGUUGACUCUCUGAAAACACUGUCUCCAGAUGGAAAGUCAUACACAGUAAGCGGCAUGAAGGACGUUUUAUUGGUUUGGGCGUAUGAGUCCAUCGUCUGUUUCGGUGAGAAGUUUGGGAGAGUGGUCAACAAUGAAGACGUUCCUCUUUUGCGAUGGGGUGGAAGGCGUACACGUUCAAGUUUUGAUACUGUCUUGUCUGACGAAAUCAAAGAUCAUGGCGAGGUAAUAGAUGUUUCUGUAUGGUCGGAUGAACCUGACGACCCACAACUCGUUAGGUUGGUAGAAGACAUACACGCAGGUAGAUACGUGAAAGGUUUCUGGGAAGUACAGAGGGAUGAGCAGGGGAAGGGGAAUGAGAAGAAGAAGAAGAAGAAAACGAAGGGAGUUUCAUCAGAAGCUGAGCCAUCAACAAAGAAGCAGAAGAAAGAAGCUGCUGAAACGAGAAAGGGUUCUAGCGAGGAGGAAGCUGUAUUGGACAAAGCGACUCUGACGAAUCUUGUGAGUGCUCUGCAGAAUAUUUCAGCAAAAUUUGACGCUUACGAUUUUGACCGGAACCGGCCAGUGAUGGACGAGAAGACCCUAGAUAACGUGGUGAAAGCUGUAGUGCAGCAGAGUCUGAAAGUUUUGGGGGAAAGGAAAAUUCCCGACAACGAUGCUAAACUCUCCUCCGCCGGCGUAGAAAAAUCUUUAUCGGUGACAUCAUCACCUCGUAGGAGGUCGCCACCAGAAAAGUCGGACAAAAGUCCAGUGGUAGAACCGCAGGCCCAGGAGGAGAAGUCUGUAAAAACUCCAGUGACAGAACCGCGGCAGCAGAAAAAGCCUGUCAAAAGUCCAGAGCCGCCGCAGCAGAAAGAGAAGGCUGUCAAAAGUCCAGUGCCGCCGCAGCGGAAGGAGAAGGCUGUCAAAAGUCCGGUGCCGGCGCAGCAGAAACAGCAGAAGUCAGUCAAAAGUCCAGCGUUAGCUGAGACCCCUGCAAAGAAGAAUGCGGAGCUUGAGAAGGAUACAGUGGUGAGAAGGAUUUUGGGUGAUGAUUUUAAUGAAACUGAUUUCAUCAGUGUUUCUCCUGCAAAGAUUACUAAGGAUGCUAAGGAUGGUAAGGAUGCCAACGUUCCAGCCUAUGGACGCGGCUUACGGGGCAAGGCCAAGCGUACUGUUACUGUAAAGGAUGAGGCUAUCGAGGAUAAGAAAAAAGCACAGCGGGCAGAGGCUGCGUUGAAGAGGAAGGAGAAGCAAGAGGCUAAGAAAAAAGAGAACGAGGAGAAGAAACAGAAGAGAAAAGCGGCUGAGUUACAAAAGAAACAAGAGGCUGGGUUACAGAAGAAAAAGAAGGAAGACGAGGCUGAGUUACAGAAAAAAAAGAAGGAAAAAGAGGCUGAGUUACCGAAGAAGAAGAAAGAAGAAGAGGCUGAGUUACAGCGGACUGAGGAAUGUGUUGUGACCAACGACGAAGUUCUUGCGGAAGAUAACGCAUUGGCGGCGGAGUCUGAUGUCGAGCCAGCUGAAUUGAUUAGAUCUUCCGUGAUAAAGGAACUUCGGGAGAAAUCAGUUAAGUUAUCUCCACAAGGGUUUUCAUUGACGAACCUUGAUUCAGCACCAGAUUUUCCGUACAUUGGAGACAAUGGACAGACGACUUGCAUGAGGAAGAACAUUACGCCUUCAUCAGUAAUAUACGACCCUUGCGCACCUGUUGAUCCGGCGCGACUGGAAAAACUGAAGCAACACAUUAAGGCAAUUCCACCCAAACCACCAGCACCUAAAGAUAAACCAGAAGAACCCUCAGCUGAUCAUGAGAGUGACUUCUACAGCAUACUCAUGCAUGAAAGACCGUGGCCUGACAAAGAAUAUGGAUGGGUGUUUGAUAAUCAUAUCGCUGCGUAUAUGAACGUCCUCAUACAAAGGUCCAUGCGAGAUCCCACUCCAUUCUGGUCCAAGCGGAUUGGUUUCAUAGACCCUUGGUUGUUAAGUUCUUGGGCUUCCCUCGAUUACAGGCAGUUCAUGAUGAAACCUGCUUCGUUCAAGUUCAAAGACAGUGGUUAUGAAGCGUUGGUAAACGGGAGAUUCCCCGAAGAAUUUACAACAAACUUGAAGUGGUAUGCAGAUGUGGAUCACGUGUACGGAUGUCUUCAAACCGGCGGUAAUCACUGGGUGGCAUUUCACGUGGAUCUGAUCAAGGAGAAGAUAGAUUGCUACGAUCCAAUCUAUGGAGAGUCAACACCCGAAAGUGAGCAAAAAAUGCUAAAUGCUUUUAGACCUCUACUGGAGAUGCUUCCCUGGAUGUUGAAUGAGCUUAUUCCUGCCGAUCUCCGAAAGCAUUCUAGGAAGAGGUUCGCAUUCAGACGGAGGAGCAAAAGAUACAUUCCACAAAACAACAUCAUAGGUGAUUGUGGGGUUUAUUCGUUGAAGUUUGUGGAGUGUCUAGCGCUUGGUGUAACUUUUGAUGGCAUAAACGAUAGUAAUAUUCAAGGGUUACGGGUGAAGAUGGCAGCAGAUAUCCUCGAGGAAGGAGGAAAUGUUGGAAUGAACAAUUUGUUUUCAUAAUGAAACUGUGUUUGUUUGUGAACCUGUGUUUGUUGUUAUGUUAACUAUUUGACUUUGGAUAACUGCUGUAAUAACUCAGUCGUAUCGAUUAGUAAUACUCAGCCAGUACUCAUUGAUAACUCAGUCAUACCUCAAACAUACCCUAGAAUCAAAAUAAUUAAUAAUUUUUCAUUCGAAUGUUAUAUAUAAAGUCCAAUUAUCAAAAUAAUUAAUAAUAACUCAAUGUGUGAGCAUGAUCUUUGUUGACUAUACGAGUUUGGAAUCGAUUAUAAUCUUGAGGUAUAUGUUGUCUCUUACGAGUACCUAAAACUCUUGGCAGUGAUAUGAGGUGUGAGCAUGAUUCAAAACACGUAAACUGUUAUUGUGUUAUUUAUUAUGAAUUUGUGAUAUUUAUCAUAUCUUGUGGUUCGUACAUCAUAAAUCAUAACCCUAAACAAUCUUAUUCGGAACCCAAACCCUAAAUAACUAAACCCUAUACCCUAAACGGCAAACAACAAAUCAGCCGUAAAGGUCUUACUAACUCAGCCUGUUAGUGUAAGUUAAUAUUUACAUAUGGCGCGAAAAUUUUAGAUAUUUUAUCUCGCGACCUUUAAUGUUCUAUACUUCCCCUAUAUAUAGCCCCCUUCUCUUGCACCUUCUCGCCUUAUCUCACUAGAAAACCUAAACAAUAUCUCUAUAUCGCCUUACAAAGUUAUGAUUGUUCCUGGUUAUUCAGAAAGGUUAGAGAACAGAGUCAAUGAGAUACUAAACUCUGAAAAUCGUGAAAACCUUCCCGUUCUAUACCCUGGCCCGGGUGUCUUGCUUGACAGCGUAAUCUGGUUUAAAUUUCUAAGCGAUCUCUCCCUGGCCAUCCCGUCGAUUUUAGCAGAAGGAUGGGUUCAUGAUUGGCCGACAUGGCGCGCCAUUCCCGAUCAUUUUAAGGAACGCUGGUUUCUUCAACUCGCUGUAAGGACAACAUCUUUGAAUUGUUUUUGAUAUUAGACAUAAUAACAGCACUUACAUUUGGAAAUUGGUUUUUUGUUGUAGCGCAAACGCACGUGGGCACGAAGAUAUAAUUUUCAAGUUUGGACAAAUUUUAAUUGGUGGCCAGAACGGUGUUUCGUUGUCAGAUGCGCCUCUUGAAGAGGAGGUGGGCACAUGGGGGUGAGAAGCCUGCGUGGAUGCUAACUAGAGUUUGGCGUGAUCUUGUCCACAUGUUUGAAGAAUUUGGUCCUGAUAAUUUUGGUUUUAGUAAUUGAUUUGUUGUUUUUGUUUGUAUUCAGCCGUCAAGUUUUUGUAAAGUUGUUUAACUCAGCCGUUAAGUUUCUAUAAAGUUGUUUAACUCAGCCAUUAAGUUUCUAUUAAGUUGUUUAACUCAGCCGUUUAGUUUCUAUAAAGUUGUUUAACUCAGCCGUUAAGGUUUUAUAAAGUUGUAUAACUCAGCCGGAAUUGUUUGCGUCAAACGUCAGUGUUUCAGUUAAGUAACUCAGCCGUAAUACGAAUUAAGAUACUAAUAACUCAGCCUUAUAUUGUAAAAAUACAAAGCCAAAGUUAACGCUAUUUUCCAUGUAUUAUUAUGGCCGCCAUUACUUAAUCGAGACCAGUAUUAGAGUCCUUUAUUCUCUUAUUAUUAUACGUGCGAGAAAUUCCAUCGUCAUUGAGAAUAUCGAGACUCAUUAUUAUGGCCGUCAUUACAUUAUCGAGACUACUAUUAUUAGAGACCUUUAUUCUCUUAUUAUUAUGUGCAUGAGAAAUUUCGUUUGCAUUUGCAUUGAGAAUAUCGAGACUCAUUAUUAUACGGCUGGCACGCAUGUAUCGGAUUAUUUACAUAAUCGAGGUAUUGUUAUUUUUAAUGUAACUCAGUCAAUACAUCUACGUUAACUCAGCCAAAAUAUAGACGCUAACACAGCCGUAAUACGAAUUCAACUUAAGUGUUUGAUAAAAUAAUAAAGAACCUUUCGUAUUUCUUGAUUUGAUUGAGUAUUCGUCAUAAUUAAAGUGCAUCACGUGUGUGGAAAAAUACAGCUCAAACCUAAUAUCGAGGCAUUUAAUAGUUUAUUAAUUUAAAUUAUUCCUCUUUAUUUGAAUUUAAAAAAAAAAUGAUUUUAUAUUACUACCACUAUUGUUUUAACUUUGUCUUUCACACCAAUUUCUCUUUCAUUCAAAGAAAAUGUCUUCUUCAUCAUCUGUGUCUGGUAACACUUACUUUCACCGCCGGCAUGUGGAAAGAGGAACGCCGAAACAGUGUUGGUGUGGUGAACCCGCUGAAUUAUGUACAUCUGCAUCACGGGCUAAUCCAGGACGACUGUACUAUUGCUGUCGCAAAGGAUAUAUUAAGGUUUGAUUUUUAAUUUUAUUCAUUAUACUGUCAAUGUGAUACUAAGAGCUGGGCAUGUUGGUGAAAUCAGAGACAUUUAUUCAAAUGGGCGGACGAGUGCUUGGUGGAAGAGGUAGAAGAUAUGAAAUCGGUGAUGAGUGACAUGACCAAAGGCAUAUCAGAUCUGAGAGUAGACGUUGGUCGGUUGGAGAAAGAACUCGGUAAAGCGGAAAAGAUGAAGUGUUUGAUGUUUCCAGUGGUGGUUUGUGGGUUUGGUAUGGCCAUAUUUUGGUACUAUUUCUUUGCGUAGUCAUGUGUUGUAAUCAUAAUUUAGACGCAAUGUUUUUAGUAACUCAGCUAUUAAGUUCAAUGCAACUCAGCCGAUACGUUAAUUAAUUCAUAAUCAAACAAUAACCCAGCCAUAAUACGAGUAUUCGUCAGUCAUAACGUUUUAAUAACUCAGUUAUAACGUUAACUGCAAUUCAGCCGGUACGUUAAUUAAGUCACUAUCAAACAAUAACCCAGCCAUAAUACGAGUAUUCGUCAGUCAUAACGUUUUAAUAACUCAGCUAUUAAGUUCAAUGCAACUCAGCCGUUACGUUAAUUAAGUCAUAAUCAAACAAUAACCCAGCCAUUAUAUGAGUAUUAGUCAGCCAUAAAAAGAGACAUACAUAAAUUUCUGGUUCGACAUACAUAAGUUUAGGUUCAAAAUCACUCUUCCUUUUCCGGACAUACACACAUUAGUGGAGUAGUUUUCCCAUCUCCAACCACAUUGAACACAAAUAAGUCUCCUAUGGCGCAUCUGUUAGCACGACAGAACUUUCUCCAGCCUCUUCUGAUGUAAUACAUGCCGUCUACUUCGCUAAAUCGCAAACUCACAGUCCAUGAAUUUCCCUCUUUGUUGACAAGUAUUAUCUCUUGGCAUUGUUUGUUCAAAGCAGUACAAGUCGUAGCUCCCUCAGGAAGAUACUGCAAACACAGAACGUAAAGACACAGAACAGAUCAAACCAUAUGUUAAUAACUAACUAAAUACUGCAAACACAGAACGUAAAGACACUGAACAGAUCAAACCAUAUGUUAAUAACUAACUAAAUAUGGUCUAUAACUGAAAAUCGACUCACAAGUUUGUCUUCUUUUAGAUUCGAAGCAGUGACCUCAGCCUGAAAACAAUAGUCAAAUGAGAAAGAAGGAACAUCAUCCGCAUCGGCUUCUUCCUUGAUGAUGUGAGGAUGUGUAUACUGAAUCUCACAACAGCUAGGACCAAAUGGUGUGACAUGAAACACCAUAUCUCCUUCGUGUUUGAAGAUGACAAUGUCACCGAUUUGAAGGUCAUGUGCUGUGGUGAAAUCUUUCCAACCUCCGGUGAGUCUCCUGCCUUCUUGUAUCACUUCCCAAGUUUGAUCUGUAGCGUCCGAUCUUAGUUUCCAUGUUUUCCGGUUUGUCUUCCCUUCUAUGUGUUGUGAGAAGAAGCCAAGUGGUAGAACAUGCAUGAUCCGAGUCGUAAAUACGAAUAUAAAACUGCGGGGACAAUCCUUCGGUAGAUGCACGAACUCUCCAUGUACAUCCAUCAACCCAACACUUAACAACGUAUGUUGUCAGGUUUGAUAUUUCUACAUCAAAAUCAAAUUGAUGCCUCACUGUAAAAAGUUUCAGUCGUCUCUUCAAAUGCUUUUUAGUCAAGUAUCGUUGUCCUACCGCAAGGUCUAACGACGACAUCUCCAACUUCAAAACCUCCAGAUUCCCUUUAGAUUCGCUCAUCAAGAAGUUCUGAUAUCUCUUCUUGGAAGGUAGCGUUGGUGAAUCUUCGUCUUCUUCGAUAGGAGACUCACCGUAUGUGCUGAAGUUAUCAUCUUCAGAUGACGCACCGUCCGAGUCAUCGAACAUAUCAAAUCGACUUUCAAAUUCAUCAUCUUCUUCGUUUUCUUUGCCUAUUUCAUCUUCUCCGGCUACGUCGUGUAUUUCAACGUUACUAAAGCAGUCAUUCUCAAUUUCAUCUUGUUCAUCCUCCAAACUGCAACCAUCGUAACUCCCAUUCUCUAUAGACUCAACUUCUAAAGCUUCUUCUUCUAAAGCUUCUUCUUCUGAAGCGUCUUCUUCUGAAGCGUCUUCUUCUGAAGCGUCUUCUUCUGAAGCUUCUUCUUCUGAAGCUUCUUCUUCUGAAGCUUCUACGUCUGAGCUGUCAUCCUUUUUCUCUGUAAUCUCCACACAGAGACGUAGUUGUUCGCUUUUCUUUAAGCUUAGAAAACAUUGCAAUUGUCGAGUGUUGGACACGUAAACUGGUGGAGUGUUGUGCGCCAUUGUUUUCAAUGUUUUAUUCGAAAACAUGUAGCUAAGCAGAAUAUGAACCUUCAAAUCAUUCAAACCGUAAUCGUCGAUGACAGACUUUGUGAAAUCUUCAAGUUUAGUUUUCUCACCUAAAUGAAGAACUCUACACCCUCUACUGUCGACGUUGAAUACAUAUCGUUUUUUCAUAAUCCAUUUACCGGAAACAAUAA